AUGACCAGUCUUCGCCCCAUGAUGGUGGAAGACUUGCUUCAUUUCAAUGCGGUAAAUCUAGAUACUUGGACGGAGACAUUCAACAUGAACUUCUACUUCAGCUACCUCACGUGCUGGCCGGAAUGCUGCGCCGUUGCGGAAGCUAUUGAUGGCAGCAUCGCUGGGUACAUUAUUGGAAAGGUCGAGGGUUCGGGCCAUGAGUGGCAUGGCCACGUCUCAGCUAUCUCUGUCGCGCCAGAGUUCCGCCGGACCGGCGUAGCCAACAGGUUAAUGGAGUACCUGGAAGAGGUGAGUGAAAAGGUGCACGACUGCUAUUUUGUCGACCUUUUCGUGCGGCCUACAAACACUGCCGCAAUCAAGUUCUACGAAGGACUGGGGUACGUUGUUUAUCGAACCGUGACGGGUUACUACUCUGGCGACGAGGACGCGUAUGACAUGAGAAAGCCUCUACCGCGAGAUGUCAAUCGCAAGUCGGUUGCGAACGUUAUUUUGUUGUUGCACCGCAUUCGACUUUGUGCAGCUCCCUUGCAUGGCACUGAAAGUUGGACAUUAACAGUAGCAUGUAGCAACUGCAUGGCUGAUGUUGGCGAAAUUGCUUUGCCGCCCACGCCCACCAAAGCUGGUGACCUGUCCUUCCAGCGAUUCUCCCGGUUUAAUCGGGAUGCAUCAGCUUGGAUCGCGGUUGCUGAUGUGGCGCUCUGGGUUUCCGCGCAAUGCGCUGCAGGGCUUCGGGGGGAAGGAGCAGAAGGCUCCAUCAUCAAUUGCUGGAGCUGCGGGUGCUCGUCGGGGGAGGAAGUUUACUAUCUGAGCAUGAUCUGGCAUCGAACGCUGGCAUCGAUCUUUCCAGAGACAGGACUGCGGCUGUUGGGCACAGACCUUUCCGAGGAGAAGAUCGCGACUGCAUGCAAAGGAGAGUAUCCCUGGUACUCAUUGAAGGGCCUGCCACUGGACUGGUGCGAGCAAUUCUUCGAGUCUCCUGCCACUUCGACUCGAGGGCUCCGGCCUCGGGCGACGGCGCGCCUGCAAGCAGCGCGAGCCUUCGCCAGUCAGGGUACCGAAGCACUCUACAGAGUCAAGGACAAGAGUGACAGUGACCUGCGCACAGAUGUGGAGUUCCUGUGCCAGGACGUAACAGAAGAAAUGCCGGAGGGCCCUUUCGACGUCAUCCUCUCAAGAUAUGCUGUUUGCCUGUAUCUACAGGGCGAGCAGCGAGCUCACGUCCUGGCCCAGAUGGUCGAAAGGCUUCGCCCGGGAGGUUUCCUAGUGAUUGGGGGCAAGGACCAUUUGCCAAAUGGCUUCUGCGAGAAGAACGGUCUCAUCGAGGUGGAUUACCGGGCUGAGGAGAUUGGCCUCGGCGACGUGAGGUGCAUUUUUCAGAAGUCUGGCGGCGCUGCGCUCGACUCUAAAGCAGGGGACAGGCGAGGAAGGGCUCCGUGCUACUCGCAGUACGUCCGAUCCCUCGGCAGCGAGCCGUACUGGGUGGCCGAGAGACGGUGCCUGGAGCGCCAGCGCUUGGCUGUCCAGAUGAGCCAGAAGAGCCGGGACCUGCUGAAGCGGGCCGUGCAGGAAGGCCGGCGACACUGCGACAGCCCUUUCGUACGUGAAAGCAAAGCUGGGAGAUGCGAGCAGAGCCCGGUGGCCCCGGUGGAGAAGAGCCCGUCGAUGCCAAAGGAGGAGCGAGAGAUCCGAUUGCAAAGCUUCUUGCAGCGCUUGGAGAAGGACCUGGCAGAACGUGGCCGCAAGUCCUUGAAGGCGGAGCUCGAAAGGUUGGAUUGCCUCCUACCUGGAUUGCCUAAGCUGAAGGGCAAGAGAAAGAAGAAAAGAAAGAAGAGGAGGAGGAAAAAAGCAAAGCAAGGAACUGUGCCGGCAGCUGCAGAAGCUGUGUUGGACCAGGCGGAGCAGGCAGAGCAGCAUGAGCAGGAGGAGGACGAGGAAGAGGACAAUGAUGCCAGGGAUGACGACCUCACACCCGAUGAGGACCACUUCGACAGCAUCCUUUUUGCAGCGGCAGGCAUCUCAGAGCGCCCGCAGAUGUUAGCGAUUCCGGAGUCACCUGAGGUCCAGGUCCUUGCCUACGUUAUCAGCCGCUUCGCUGUGCAUACCGAGGCCCAGGUGUUGCACCCAGCGGCUAUGCUGGAUCUCAGGGCUCAGCUUCGGUUCUUGGUUUCCGAGGGUCGGAACGUGGAUGCAGCCAGGCUGUGGGCAUCAGCCCUCGAGAUCCAACAUUACCCUCCUCCCCCUCCACUGCUCGACGGAUUACCUGCAGGUCUGCCACCUAUCCGCACGGUCCCGUGUGUCGUCACGGACUGUGCCCGGUGCGCCCAGAGCCGUGGAGGGUUCCAGCUGCCUUUUGUGGGUACAUUCACACAUGCAGCAGCGAUUGUCCGCCCAGGGAGUGACCCGGCUCAAGCGUGGAGUGCUUACCAUGCAUGCCGCUCCUAUUUGUCGCCGGGCGACAUCACGGCCCUUCAUUCGGGCCUUUGGCCUACCGACCUGCUGCCGAACCACCUCUACGCGCUCUUUUCUCGGGUGGCAGAACAGACCCACCCUCGGGCAGCCAGCUCAGCCGAGCUCUGGAUCGUUUUCCGACGGUGGCAAGCUGGGAGGAGGGUGUGGAUCGAGCCCGGAGUCGAGGUCCCUUCUUGGGAGGCUGCCCGGGAGGAUGAAAGAUCACGGGCGCAUAGGACCAUCUGGCUGUGGCUUGGGGCCGUGGCUUACGGGCCGGGACUAUUGCCAGCAGCCUGCCACAGCUGCGGGGUGCCAACGGUCUUCCGCUGCCGGCGGUGUGACGCAGCGGCUUGUGGAGACUGCCUGGGCCGCUGCAUUCGGAGUGGACCUGGGGCUGUCUUCGGCGGUGGCGACCCGCCCGGUCUUGAGUCGCACUCUGCCGUUGCCCGGCCUUCGCGAUCAUCUUCCACGGCGGCUUCUCGGCUCAGGCCUCUGCUAGCAGCUGCGAUGGCCGGUGUGUAUGCCCAGCAGUCGCUUGAGGCGGCAGGAGAUGGCGAUAGCCAGCCCGGCCCGUCUUCCGGACUCUUCGGGGAGGGUACCCCGGUAGAGGUCCGAGUGGAGGCUUGGCGCCGCGCCUUUGGCCUGGCCGAUGACGAGGAGUUCGCCUACGUCUUUAUGUCGGCGGAAGAGGCACAGAGGCAAGCUGGAGCAGAAAUCGCAGCCAGAUGGCGCGAAGUCCGCGAGCGAGUGGACGAGGGCAAGGCUCUGGCUUUCGCACACGAGGCAGCCCAAGCCGGAGCGGCGGCGGCCAAACCUUCCACAAAGCCUCGCCCGCCUUUGCCGCGGCGGCGGGCAGCUGUGCCCAAGGCACCGCUGCAAGCCCGCACGCCUGUGGAGCGCGCUGCCUUGGAGACACCAUUGGUCGAGGAACUCGCCGACCUUUGGGUAGAUGCCCAGGUUCAGCGCCCGAGCGGUGAGCUCAACGCGGGACGCCAAGCUGAGUGGGAGAACUUUGUGAGGCGCCGUGCUGCCAAAGUUGCCCGGGGCAGAGACGGGCUGGAAGAGGUGGACACCCUGGACCUGGACGCCUUUAUAUUCAACUCGGCCGCUCCUCAUCGUGCCGUGGCGGGCUUGCGGUGGGCUGCCAAGCAAGCGGAGCUCGCCUGGAAGAUUCCGGAUGCACCCCGGACCGACCAGCGCCGAAAGCCUAGGGACGAGCGGCAGGCCACAUUGGCCGAACCGCCGAUGCUGGUCCACCUGGAGAAGGUUAUUGAGGACCGGUGCAUUAUGGGCGACCCUCGGUGGACUGCGAUGCUGGGGCAAUGGAUGCAGGCCUCCAGCUGCAUGCGGUAUGCCCACCUUCGCAGAAGCGAGGUCCUGCGCAUCACGGGGUCGACCGUGCAUGCCUUCUGCAACAAGGGCAAGCAGCGCCGCCUACGGCAGGGGUUUUACUUUGCCAUUCCGGCCGCCUUCGCUUCUGGAUGGAACUGGACCGAGCCUUGGAAAGAAGCCUUCGAGGCCCUGCCCAAAGGCCGGCGGAGCCAGUGCGGGCUAUGCUUCGAUGCUCGGGGCUUCUCGUGGUCCCUCAGGGAGUCUACCCUGGCCGUGCAGGCGGCUUUCGUGGCCAAUCCGGAGGAGCUGACCUCCUAUAGCUGGCGCCGGUUGGGCCCUUCUGUGGCUAUGCUGGCGCAGCUUUCGCCGGGCGAGUCGAACGCCCUUGGGGACUGGCAAGAUCGAGUCUCUGACCAGAGGAGUGCCAUGCCCGUCCACUACAGUGGGUUGCGCUACAAGGAGAGCGUUCGGGUCAAGCAUUUGGUGUGGGCCUACAUGGGGGAGUUGCGCCCCUAUCCGACGUGGGAUGCGGUCAGGGCAGACAAGGAGCGACCCGCCUUCGCCGCGCACAAGCCCAAGAAGUUUACCAUGAGGUUGGCUGCCCCUCUUGCACGCAAGUCUUUGGCCGGCCCGGUGCUACCUCUGGCGAAGCUGCGGUCGAAGCGCAGGGCGGAGCCUAAAGCAGUGGCGAGCAGCUCGGCCCGGCCCAGCUCGGCUGCUGCGGAGGCACCUGGUUCCCCCAUGCCGCAGAACUUCAAGGACGGCGGCCGGCUGUGCACCGGCUUCAAUUUGGGUAACUGUCGGCGGCGAUCCGACUGCCCUUUCCUUCACAGGUGCGCUGCCACCAAGCUCUCCACAGACAGAGUCUGCGGCGGGAAGCAUGGCCCUGGACUGCCGCACCAAGAAAUAUGGCCUGCGUCCAGCCGACGAGACUCCAGAAGGAGGGUGGCGCCAGGUGGUGACGUGGCUCCCCCGCCUUCGCCUCCCGGAGCGUUACCUUGGGGGGCAGGAUCAGGUGUGGGUCCCCGGCGCGAGUCACCGGCUCCAGCACGCCGGGUUGACACGGCAGCAGCUUCAGGCUCCACGGCGCGGGGCUCGGGCAGCUCCCCUGCCCCGAAGAUCAAAGCUAUGGCCAAGGUCUUCAGGACCCCGCCGGCGCCGGACCCCACAGAGGCUGAGAACCAGGCGGUCUUCGACAAGCGCCCAGUCCAGCGCCCUACCUGUAUUUGGGAAUCGCCGGCAGGAGGGCGUCUUUUCCUGUCCGGCUUGCCGCUGCGGGAAACCAGUGGCCAAUUCCCGACGAUCCAUUUGCAGAUUACUUGUAUGGAUCGAACGGGGCAGUCCCGGGAGGAAGAGUGGCUCCGCAUCUUCAGUGCAAUUUGUGCAAUCGCACGCACGCUCUUGGCGGGCCACAAUGUAUUACUCCACUGUAUGGCGGGCCGGCGCAGAGCCGCGACUACCGGCGUCGCAUGCCGGGCGGUGUUGGCAGGCGAGACCCAGGAGGAGGCGAACCAGGCGAUCCUGAGGGUGAGACAGAUCGAGGUGGAUCGCGCUAUCCAGCAAGACCGCAGCCUGGGUUCGUGGUUGGCCGGGGCCGUGCGUAACACACGUGUCCCCCCAACACCUGUGCAGCCACGCGGAUAUAUCGCCACUGCGAGCUCGCACCUCCAGGAGGAAGGCGUUCCUAUCUGCAAGCACAAGCAGGGUAUUGAGAGGCGCCGGUUGGCCAACCCGCAGCGCACGACUAGCAAGCUAGAGGCCAUCGGAUGGGAGCGACCCAUCUGCGAGGGCUGCUUUUCACGAGCAUCCUCCAAGUAUUUUCCGGUAUAG